GAGAGACCCCCUCACCCCGCCAGCCGUUUUCUGCCCUACUCCCGCUACCCUCUUCGUUGUUUUCUUCUUCAUUUUCUUGAGUCUUCGCCAAAGAUUCUUGAAUUUGCAGUUUAAACCCAACAUAUAUGAUCAUUAUCAGACGUUUUUGUUUUUCUUCAUGAGAUUCUGAGUUGGAAAAGGCAUGCUCUUUUUCACCUUCACUACCAAACACUUCACCUCAAAGCUAAUCCCAAGUAAGUCUUUCUCUAACUUCACCAUUAGCCGUUUCUUUUCAGCUCUUUCGAACCCUUCUGAUACUGACCAAGAAUCUCAAACAAACUAUGCAAUUACUGCUGAAAUGGUACUACCCAAAUUGAGUUCUUGUGGAACUGAAAUGGAAAUACCCAUUUCUGAUAACUCAAUCAAAGUUACCCCAAUACCCAAGUUUAAUUCGUGUGGUACUGAAAUAGAAGAACCCCUUUCUGAUAACUCAUUUAAAAUUGCCCCAAAACCCAACUUGGGUUCUUCUGAAACUGAUGUGGAAGUACCAAUUUCAGACAAGUUAUUCAAAGAGGCUCCAAAGUUGGGUUCUUUCAAAUUGGGUGAUUCUACAUUCUAUUCUCUUAUUGAGAAGUAUGCCAAUUCCGGGGACUUCAGGUCUUUGGAGAUGGUUUUUGAUAGAAUGAAGUGUGAAAAAAGAGUCUUUAUUGAGAAGAGUUUUAUCUUAGUGUUUAGAGCUUAUGGAAAAGCCCGUUUACCUGAAAAAGCUGUUGAAUUGUUUGAAAGAAUGGUGGAUGAGUUUCAAUGUAAACGAACUGUGAAGUCAUUUAAUUCUGUUCUUAAUGUGAUAGUUCAGACUGGCUUAUAUCCUCGUGCUUUAGAUUUUUAUGCUGAUGUUGUAAAUAAUAGCAAUAUUAUGCCAAAUGUGCUUUCUUUCAAUUUAGUUAUUAAGACCAUGUGUAAGAUUCGGAUGGUCGAUGGAGCUAUGGAGGUGUUUAGAGAAAUGCCUACUUGGAAAUGUGAGCCAGAUGUUUAUACAUACUGCACUUUGAUGGAUGGGUUAUGCAAGGAUGACCGGAUCAAUGAGGCAGUUAUUCUUUUGGAUGAAAUGCAGAUAGAGGGAUGUUUUCCUGUUCCAGUAACAUUUAAUGUGUUGAUUAAUGGGCUUUGUCGGAAAGGUGACUUGGCUCGAGCUGCAAAGCUUGUGGAUAACAUGUUUCUUAAAGGGUGUGUUCCGAAUGAAGUGACUUAUAACACACUUAUACAUGGUUUGUGCCUGAAAGGUAAAUUGGCGAAAGCUGUUAGUUUAUUGGAUAGAAUGGUGUCAAAUAAGUAUAUACCAACUGAUGUAACCUAUGGAACGAUUAUCAAUGGGUUUGUUAAGCAAAGAAGAGCAACAGAUGGUGUGCAGAUCUUGUUGGCAAUGCAGGAGAAGGGGCAUCUGGCAAAUGAAUAUGCCUACUCAGCACUAGUUAGUGGGUUGUUCAAGGAGGGAAAACCUGAAGAGGCAUUAAAAAUAUGGAAGGAAAUGAUAGAAAAGGGAGUGAAGCCUAAUACAGUUGCUUAUUCUGUUUUUGUAGAUGGCUUGUGUCGAGAAGGCAGACCUGAUGAAGCUAAGGAGAUCCUUUCUGAGAUGAUUAAAAUGAGUUGUGCUCCCAAUGCUUAUACUUACUGCUCUCUGAUGAAAGGUUAUUUUAAAACCGGUGACAGCAACAAGGCUAUACUUUUGUGGAAAGACAUGGCAACCAGUGGUAUCACAUGCAAUGAAAUCUGUUACAGUGUACUCAUCCAUGGACUGUGUCAAGAUGGGAAGCUCAAAGAGGCUAUGAUGGUGUGGAAGCACAUGUUAGGCAAAGGAUUGGUCCCAGAUGCCGUAGCUUAUAGUUCAAUGAUUUACGGCUUUUGCAAUGCUGGUUCUGUGGACCAGGGAUUGAGACUCUUCAAUGAGAUGCUAUGUAGAGGAUCUGAUUCUCAGCCUGACAUAAUAGCAUAUAACAUAGUUAUUAAUGCUUUAUGCAAGGUGGGCAGAAUUUCUCUAGCAAUUGAUCUUUUGAAUACCAUGUUGGAUCGAGGUUGUGAUCCUGACACAAUUACAUGUAAUAUUUUCUUGAAAACCUUAAAUGACAAAGCAAAUCCAUCCCAAGAUGGGGAAGACUUUCUAGAUAAGCUGGUGCUACAACUGUACAGCCGGCAGAGAAUCGUAGGAGCUUCAAGAAUUAUAGAAGUGAUGCUUCAAAAAAUUCUUUAUCCCAAGCUGUCCACUUGGGAAAUGAUUAUUCGAGAACUUUGCAAACCAAAGAAGGUUCAAGGAGCUAUUAACAAGUGUUGGAGUGACCUUUUUAUCUGAUAUUAGAGGUUAGUAUUUUUUUUGGUUGCGAAAAUGCAAUAUCUUGAACCUUGUUUCCUGUGGGCAUAUUGCUCCUAAGGGACUAAAGAGGACAUGGACGUGAGAUUCUUUCAGAAGAUCCAUUCUGUACAUUUCAGAAUUUGGGUCCUUGCACUUGAUACAUCAAACAAUUACACAAUGACAGGAUGACUGCUUAUUUCCGAACAGGCACUUGCAUCCAUUAUUUAACAUUCUGUCUUUCUGUUAGUUUGAAUGCAUGUCUGUUGCACAUGUAUCUAACAGAAAAUAUUUUAUCGAUUAUUUAUAUAAAGCUCUUAAAUGGAUACAAAAACCUCUCAAUUAUGAUAAUCUAGCAUUGUUAAGUCAUUAGGAUAUUAAAAAGCAAGAUGUAUCCCCCGUAGAUUCCCCUGACAAUUUUUUGAACUUUGUUAGCUCCCUGGUCUUAGCAUAGCCUAUUAUGUAAUGGAGCUAACAUCCUAUAUUUCGUAAUCUUUCUUACAUAUUGUACUCUCUUGCAUCUUCUUGAUGCCAUCAAUGAAACUACUAACUUCAUCAAAAGGAUAAUAAAAGAAAGUGUUCAUGUCAUUGAAUAUUUUCUUCUUCACUUUCUUAUCAAUCUGUUAGAUUUGAAAUCUAAAAGUUCUAAUUUACAAAUUUGCUACCCGCCAGUUUUGAAUAUUGAUGAUCCUUCAAUGCCUCUAGUCAUGCACGAUCAUUUUGAAAUGGUUCUAGGGAGUCCAAAAAGAGUUUAAUUUAAGUUAUUAUUUUUAUAGUUGUUUACAUUUCUUAUUUACUUUUGCUUCCUCUUUGUUUUAAUUUGUAUAAGACGUGUACUAGAAUGUUAAAUUAUGAGAGUUUGAAAAUGCUAACAAAGUUGUUGUGUAUUGGCUUAUGAAAGUAAGUUCAAAAAUUUGUUUGCUAAUUUUUUCUGUAUAUAAUAUUCCCUGUGGUAAGAGAGAGAGUGAAUAGAAGGGGUAAUGAAAGUCUAGUGUAAAUGCCAAUGCCAAAUCUUUGGAUCUUUCUGGAAAGAUGUUAGCAUCAAAGGUUAAUGUUUUAUGUUUCUUGGGAAAAAAUGUUUUGGAUUUAAAAUAAGCUGUAGAUAUUUUGUAUUUAACUGAUAAUGUAGCAGAAGUGCGCUACUUCAAGAUAUUAAAAAAUGGAUGAGAUUGUGCUUUCUACUAAUAAAAAAAUUCCAUGGGAUUUAUCUGAAAGCAUUCCUUUUGUAUAGAAAGAUUGGUGCUAAUCAUAGAGAAGUUCUUAUUUUGAAUUGCAAGGGAGACGAACAGUUUCAAUGUCAAAACCAGCUUUUGAUAAGGCUCAAAGUAACUAUAGAUAUGUGCUACAAAAGAGCAAUUAGAUUGUCUACGUUUUGUAUAACCUGGGUCUAUACACCAACAAAACAUUUUUCUUAGAGAAAAAAGACAACUGGAUAGAAAUCACAAAACAAAGGAUAGUUGUUACGGAGUGACCAUCACUGAACUUGAGCUCCUAGGUAUUGAUUUUGUUGAUCCAUAACACAGUACUACCAGACUGCAAAUCUCUGUUCUCUGUGUUUUCCCCUAACCUUGCUCUCUCAACCGUUCCACUUCACAACUAAAAGUGCUUUCUACACUCACGUGAAGUAAAUUUCUCUUACUAUAUACUGUGUUAUUAGGUGAAUGCUCAUACUAAUAUCUGCCGUUCUUUCUAGUGGUAAAGGAACUAAAUGUUCUGACAGUGCGUCUUGCAUAUGUUAAUGUAAUUUUCUUGUGGUGGAGCUUUUAUAGAAUUAUUAUUAUUGUUCGCAACUAACUUGGGAUCCCAAUGGUGGGUGAAAGAAAUAUUGUGAGCGUGGUGGUUGCAUAUGGGAAGCUUGCAACCAAGUAGAAAUGGCAGUGAGAAGUCCAAGGGUCAUCAGAUGAUGCCUUCAUGACGUGCAAGAGGUUGAAGCAUGAAAAGCAGCUGAAGAUGACAAUUUCAGUGGUUGUAGUGAAUGAUAUUACUGUUUAAUCUGGAUUGAGUGUGAUGGAACUCAAGUCCCAUAUUUUAUUGUAGGUGUAAAAAAACUUAUGCCCUAGCGCUUUCCAUGUCUUCUACUAAGAUCUUUGAAGACAUUGGCCUCUUUGGUUGAUGAGCCAUGUCAUAA